AUGAGUAACCCUCCUAAGAAUGAUGAUGUUAAUGCCGGCUCCAGGCUCCUCGAGUCUCAUACUUCCAACCCUGUCGGUGAUGCCCGUAGCCGCAGCCAUGGCACCUUUACCCCGGCAUCGGCCCAGAGCUACGGGGAAAGCAGCCAGCUCUCUGAGGGCGGAUAUCACCUUAGUAGAGAUGGUAUCUCUUCUGCUCCCGGUGGUGGGAAGUCCGUCACCAAGCAGCUAGCUGAGGCUCACGGCGUGAGAAACCAAAGAGCCAUGUACCUUGCAUACUAUGUGCCGUUCUUCAACUGGAUAACACAGUACCGCUGGUCUUACCUUCGAGGUGACUUCAUCUCAGCCUUGACUGUCUCGUCCAUCUACAUCCCCAUGUGUCUCUCGCUCGCAUCCAACGUUGCUCAUGUACCCGCUAUCAACGGGCUAUACUCGUUUAUCUUUCAUCCAUUUAUAUACUCCAUCCUCGGUAGCAGUCCGCUAUUGAUCGUGGGGCCCGAGGCCGCUGGGUCUCUGAUGGUUGGGACAGUCGUUCGAAACACGGUCGAUGAUGGGAAAGGCAUCGAUGAUGAUGCUCGUGGUAAUGCUGCGGUUGCCGGAAUCGUAGUAGGAAUGGCCGGUGCGAUGACUCUUAUCGGAGGAAUCACUCGUCUCGGCUUUGUUGACAACAUCCUCAGUCGUCCGUUCCUCAGAGGUUUCAUCAGUGCCAUUGGCUUUAUGAUCAUGGUCGAUCAGCUUGUACCCGAGAUGGGACUGAGUGACCGAGCCAGAGACGUCAUGUUGGGUACAUACGGCAGCUCUGCAGAGAAACUGAUGUUUUUAAUCCGGAACGUCCAAUAUAGCCAUGGUCUUACUUGUGCUGUUUCAUUCAGCACGAUUGCUAUCAUCAUGGUCUUCAGAGUAAUGAAGAAGCAUAUGGAGCCGCGCUAUCCGGGUGUGGUAUUUAUCCCAGAACAGUUCUUGGUCGUUGUGCUAUCUGCUAUCUUGACCUGGUCGUUAGGGUGGGAUAAAAAGGGACUCGUCAUCCUUGGAAAUGUCAAAGGCACUAGCAACCUAUUCAAGUUCGAGUGGCCUUUCCAGGCAGACAGGGUAGAACAUAUACGCAGCGCUAUGAGCACCUCCUUCAUCAUAUCACUCCUCGGCUUCUUCGAAUCCUCAGUCGCCGCCAAGGGCAUCCGGUCUGCGAAGGGGGGCGGGAUUGAAGGCAUGACUUACAGCCCAAAUCGAGAACUCGUUGCUCUGGGAGUUGCAAAUAUGGUUGGCGGCUGCUUCAUGGGCCUUCCCGCCUUUGGUGGGUAUGGUCGAAGCAAGCUUAGCGCUGUAACUGGCUCCAAGACACCAAUGACUGGAAUAUUUAUUGCUUUGAUUACCCUAGCAUGCGUCAUAUGGCUACUUCCAUAUUUCUAUUACCUUCCGAUGGCGGUUCUUUCCGCUCUGAUUUCAGUAGUUUCGUAUACCCUUAUAGAAGAAUGUCCCGAGGACAUCCGCUUCUUCAUCAGAAUCCGCGGCUGGUCAGAGCUCGUCCUGAUGCUUCUAAUCUUCUUCUCAACCAUCUUCUAUUCCUUGUACCUUGGUAUUGCCCUGGGGUUGGGCCUCUCUCUUCUCCAGAUAAUUCGCCAUGCCACCAAGCCACGCAUCCAAAUUCUGGGCAAAGUCCAUGGAACCAGAGACCGAUUCGAAAACGCCGAGAUUCAUCCCGAGCAUGUCGAGUACGUUGCUGGUUCGCUAAUUGUCAAAAUUCCAGAGCCCCUCACCUUCGCCAACACUGGUGACUUAAAGAACAGAUUGCGCCGGCUGGAAUUUUAUGGCACGAAUGCCGCUCACCCUGCUCUACCACGUGUUCGGUCCCCGGAGCACAACAAGAACAUUAUAUUUGAUAUUCACGGGGUAACCAGUAUCGACGGAUCAGGAGUGCAGGUACUCAGCGAAAUCGUUGAGGAAUACGUCUCUCAUGGCGUGCGAGUAUUCUUCUGUCGUAUUCCACUCCCUGGGAGUGAAGUGUUUCAGAUGAUGGAGAAGAGCGGCAUCAUCGAUACAUGUGGUGGUAUAACACACUUUGUGCCCACCGUCGACAGUGCCCUUCAACUAGCAGAGACGGAGUAUAUAGGUUACGAGUGA